CACUCGGCUGAGAAGGGCACGGGUGGUGGUGGUGGUAGCAGAGGCAAGCAGUCGUGGCUGGAAGAGUUACAGCGGAGGGUGGUAUAGGGAUGGAAGCCGGGGUGUGCCCGGUAUGCGAGCGGAACGACAUCAUGGGCUUGUAUUGUGGCCGCUGUGUGGGUGAGGCUCGUGCUGAGGCGUCUGCCCGGGUGGCGGCGUCCGAGGCGGUAGCGAAGCGCCUUCGGUCUGCGGUCGAGCCGCUGGUGGCUGCUGCAAGUGGGCGGGCGCGAUGGGAGGCACGGGUGGACAAGGCGCGGGAUCGAGUGGCGCGGCUAAAGCUGGCGGUGGCAGCCAAGCGACAGGCGAGCCGGAGGCAGGUCAAGGCCAACAAGGAGGCGAGCAAGGCGCUGGCCAAGCGGAGAAAGGCGCUAGCCAAACGGCGAGCGCGGCUGGCGACGGCGAUGGAAAAGUGGGACGGGCUCGUGGAGCGGUGGGACGACGAGCACGGCUCCGAGCUGCCCGAGGUGCAGGCCUCGCUGAUUGAGUCGCGCAGGGCGCUGGUGGUCGAGCUGCUCUCGGUCCUCCCGCUCAACCCGAUAGACGAGCAUGCACACGAGCUUGCGGGCCUGGCGAUGGCUGACGACUCGACGUCGCGGCCGGCUGUUCACGACCGGCUGCACGGGCGGGCGUCGUCGCAGGCGCCGCCUCAUCUUCUGGUAGAGUCGCUCACCGACGAAGAGUUUGACGCCAUCAUGGCUACGUUGGUCCGGCUGCUUUCGCUGGUGGAGAGCUACCUUGGCGUUGCGCUGCCGUACCCGAUUGUCCAUCACGGCUCACGGUCGCUCAUCGGAUACACUCCGGUAGGGCCGUGGAUCACGCUCUUUCGCAACGCGGCGACAUUUGGCGACGACGACGAGACCGAGGCGACGCUCGCCGGCCUGCCUGUGGCGCUGCGAUCGGCGGCGGGCCUCAUCUACGACUGGGAGGAGGGCCUUGCGCUGCUCAACUAUAACAUUGCGGUGGUUGCUGCGGCAUCGGCUGGCCUGCCGACCAAGGUCCGCGAGCUGGACUCGCCGCUUCGCAACCUGCUGCAGGCGCUGCGCUCGCCGUACGUUGGGGCGCAGAGCAUGGCGUACACGAUGUUUGGGUCCGAGGCGGAGGAAGUGUAUGCGCUACCGUGGCUUGGCUACCACAGCAUGACGACGAACCAGUUUGAGCGGCUGCAGCGGGCGCUGCAGGCGCAUCUUGCGGCAGCGGCGCGGGCUGGAGGGCGGGGCAGAAGCGGCGACGGCAGCGGCGGCGACGACGAGUGGGAGCUGGUGUGAUGCGGGGGCGGGCUUUGGCUUUACGCUCAGUAGAGGGUGAGGACGAGGGCGUCGUCCUCGAGGUGGGCGUGGAUCUUCUUGAGGUGGCGGUAGGUGUGGAGCCGAGCCGCUGCCUCUGAGACGGCGGCAGCCGAGUCCUCGUCGCGCGAGGUGGGGACGACGCGUAGGGCGCCAAGCUGGGUAUCCCAACCGAUGGAGCGAGCGAGGACCUGGGUCGCGUCUUCGGUGCUGAGCCGGGCGUACGUCGCAGCCUCCCACUGGGCGUCUGAGGCGGCUGACUCGAGCGCCGACUUUGGAGUUUCGUGCUCGCGGGGUGCGAUGCGCUCGACGACCGAGACAGCAAUGCGGACGGCGGACGGGUCACCGAACAUGUCGAGGAAGCGGGACUGCAGGUCUGCGAGUGCCGCAGCCGACUCGCUGGUCGACGACGAGGCGGCCCCGGUUGCGGUGCUCUCGUCGCGUUCGAGAACAGCGGCCGAGCUCGCCUCUGCGGCGUAGGCUUGGGCGGCAUUCUCGGCACGGCGCACAAUGGUCGAAGCGAGGAGGCGGAGGAGGUCGAGGAGAGUGUCGGAGGCAAGGACGACGCGGUCGGCGGCGUAGACGCCUGUGGCCGUGGGAAACUGAGGAAAGAUGCAGCGGCAGACGAUGGCGUCUGCUUCGGAGAAGAAGAGCGAGGCAAAGGUGUCUUCGUGGCGCUUGGCCAUGUCGGCCAUGGCCUGCUCCAUGGCGGCCUUGGACGCCAUCAUCGCCCGCUUGCCCUGCUCGACCGAGUCGUAGUCGGUAAACUCGACAGCGCCGUAGA